AUGCCGACUGCCGAGGCUCCGUUUCUGACGCCCACCGUGCAGCCACUGCUCCUUAGCCCUGACGGUGAGCGAACUGCCCGAUUCGAAUUUAGCGAGCCAGGGAUCGUGAUUCGCGUGGAAGCAGCACCGUCGUUCGGAAGCGAGGAAGCUGAGCGUCGCGCAGGAAAGCAGAAGGUGGAACGAAUCACCAUCAUCCCGAGGGCCAAGGUCGGGGUCAUGGGCGUGCGAGACCUUUUCUGGCUGGACGGCGGGAGCUUCCUCAUCACAGGCUACGAGGGUCCAAGCGGACGGUUCUACGGCUGGAUUGCGGAUCUUCGCCGGGGCAAGGCAUCGGUCAUCAAACUGCCGAGCAGCGAGGCGAACCUCUUCGUUCCUCUGGGUCGUUCGGGCUUGCCCAUGACUCGGGCAUCAGCUGAGUCCCAGGAGGUGCUGGUGGGCUUCACUGUGCCAGAUGGUGCAAGCACAAACUUUUCCUGGACGUGGUGCAGCACUCUGUCUGGAGACACUGCAGACGCUGGCGAUGGCUUGGCCACGAGCGAGUGGCGCGAAGUCGCUCUGUCGAAGCAGGGCAACAUCGAUGCGGUACUUCUGUCAAACGGCACGGUCCUCCGGCGGAGUGGCGACGGCUGGCUAGACCUUGGUGCUCUGGACCUCGAUGCAGCAGCGCUGAGCGCCUCCCUCGCCUCGCAGCCUCUUCUGCCCCAGGAGCACUUGGUAUCUACCACGCCUCGGGGAGCACUUGUCAUCGACACCGCCGCCGGAGGAAACCUUCCGGAGCAUCAUCCUCAAGCAGGAGACCUGGACUCAGAUAUUCAGAGGGCUGAAGACUCAGACCUCGCUACCUGGGUUCUGGAGCAAGCGGUUUUGCGACAGACGUCUGCUUUGGUGCGGCUGUCGGCAGAGAAGGCUCCUCAGCCGAUUUUUGUGCAUCCCUUUGCCGACGUGCUGGCGAGUGGAGUUUGGAUCAAUCCAGACACAGAAGAUGUUGAGGCAGUGUCGGUGCAAGAUCUGAAGCCAAAGACAUACAGCCUCUCAAGCGAGCACAGCCGCCAGCUCCAGUCGCUGCGCGCCCACUUGCCUGCCGAGAUUCAGCUGUACGAUGUUCCAGUGGCGACUGCUGCCAUGGAGCUGGUCUCAUUGCAGACCCAUGGCGAGCGAUGUGUUGCAUUUUUCGCACAUCCGCUUCUGUCAGAUUUGGUGGCCCUCCCCGCGGUCGUGAAAGCCGGCAAGUUCACAUGGCUGGGACGGAGUGCUCUUCCGACCAGAGGUGCUGCUCUCAACUCCGCAGCUGCAGCCUUGAAGCCGAAGCUGGAGGGUCACAGGAUUCCUUCGUCGGACGGUACGAGUGUGCCGGCGUACCUGCUGGUUCCAUCGCAAGGAGCCGGCGCUCUGGUGGUACGCCUGCACGACGGACCCGACCUCCGCGACAGCUGGGGCACCGAUAGCUUCGAUGCCUGGCUGCUGAGCCGAGGAUACGGAAUCUUGAAGGUCAACUAUCGCGGCUCGGCAGGGUUUGGCCGAGCCUGGCGCGCGAGCCGCGGAUUUGCGGAGGACAUCGCCAGCGCCAUCGAGUGGGCGGUUGCUGAGAGGAAGGUGCUGGGUGCAGCUCGCGCAGAAGCCGGAGCCGCCGGUGGCGUUCCGCCAGUGGCCUUGGUGGGCAGCUACUUUGGGGGCUACGCAGCGCUGCACACGGCGUCCAGGUUGAGGGAGUGGGCGGCGUGCGUCGUGGCCAUUGCCCCACUGCAAGCGGCUCCCGGAGGAGUCUGGUCAGAGCCAUACAUUCCGCGUGCAGAAUCCCAGGGCAACCUCGAGCCCGCCACCCUCGUCGGAGACCUUCAAGGCAUGGCCAUGAUGCUGGUCGAGUAUGAGUGCGAUGACUCGAAUGGCCCGCUUGCUGCCAAGUUGAUCCCUGUCGGCUGCGACCCGGAAGAAUGGCCGACUUCGGUGCAGUACGUGCAGUAUGCCGGAGAGCGAAAAGGAGGUGGGGUGGUGCGGCAGAACAUGCUGGAUCUGUACCGGCGCAUGGACUCAUUCUUGCACGCGGAGCUCAGUGAGCGUGCCGGACCCCGCGGCUUGCUCAGAGAGGACUUCGUGGACGAAGUGCCCUUCUUGUCGGCAGCACUUUUGCCUGCAACGGCCGGAUCCAGCUCAGCGUCCGGAGAGAGCAUUGAGAUUGGCUUGGAGCGUGUCCUGCGGCAGUCGAAGGGUGACGACAUCGCGGAUGCGCUCCCCGAAUUGCGAUCAGCGUUUGGCACUCCGGCAGGGGUGGGCUUCUCGGCCGAAGGCACGGCGGCGAAGCAGUUCGGCAAGCGCUUGCAGCAUAUGCUGGUAGCACCUGCGUCCCGCGUGGUCGUGCGCGAAGACGGAACCAUCGAGGUCACCGUGAGCUUUACCGAAGCGCCCCAGAAGCUUCACGUCCUCUUGUCAGAGGUCUGGAUGCACAUUCGAGCUGAGGGCCUGGGUUUUACCUUGGCGCUGCCGCGGCAGCCGAAGCGUGGCCAGCGAAUCCAAGCAUUCGCCCUGCCCAGCGGAACUGGCUUCCACUUUGAGAUCCCAGGGGAGGCAAACGUUGGUGCUGUUGAGAACUUCAACUACUGGGCUGCCCGUGGCAGCAGUUUGCUGGACCUCGUGUUGCCGGAAGAUUUGACGGCUGCCGCCGUCCUGGUCCCCACGGUGUCCACGUGA